GCGGGAAAAGGGUUAACGCUGCGUCCCUAUUUCUCCUCAGAGAGGCAGCCAAUCGGGUCUCCGCAGCGUCUCCUUCCCUCAGAGAGUCACUUCAGACUCCGAUCCCCGUAGGAGACCAAGAGAGAGACACCCCCCCCUUCUCCAGUACACCCCCUUCCGGCCAUGGAGCCUGAGGAGCCAGUGAGUGGGGAAAAGCUGGAUCUGGCGGCCCCCGAGGCCACUGGAUCCCUCUCAACACCCCGGCCGGCUCCGGCCAGCGCCUCGCCCAAGAUCCGAGCCAAGGCGCCUCUCGCCAACAAGACCGCGAAGAAGGCCGCCCAAAUUCCCCCCAAGGCUUUAGACACAGUAGAUGGUGCAGGGGGAAAGGAGCAGGAGCUCCCCCUUGUGGACGGAGCUGCCGCUUGCAGCGCUUCCCAGCCGUUGCAACCUGUAUCGGAGGCAGGUGAGAUGCCUAUGCCGUCUUGUCCACCAGAUGGCGCCAGAGAGGAAGUUUUUCAGCCGCAGCUGCAGGUGAUGGAGCCCGCUGAGCCUUCAUCCCUUCCUCCUCCAUCUCCGCUCCCGCCGGAAAGUCCUUCGGAGGAGCCGGCUGCUAAGAGGGCAAAGCCUGCCGUCCCAGAGGCUGCCGUCCCUUCUCCAGAGAGCCCGGAGCUGGAAAUGACCCCGGAGAUGAGAGAGAUCAUAUCAGAGGCCAUCGCUCAGGGCAUUGCUGCAGGCCUCAAACAACACCGCCCGUCAACCUAUGCAGCCUCCGACAACGCCUUACGCCAGGGACAGGCUCCUCCUCCUUCUUCCAUGAACAUCCCAGAAUCCCUCGGCAAAGACGUCCCACUGUCUGGGGACAAAGUAGGGACUCCAGAUGCCUAUGGCGUCACACGUCUCUUCAAGCCUGCCUUGUUUAAGACGCUUCUCCAGAACGCCAAGGCCACAGCUGGGAUAGGAAAAGAUCCAGCCGCUUCUGAUCCAGGUUUAUCUGACCCCAAUCAUUUGUUGUUCUCAAAGCCCACCACAGAUGAGGAGAUCCCGUGCCCGAAAUCUUUUCUUGAUGUUGUCCAGCAACAAUGGGCUGUACUAGGAGCGGCUCCAAAGCUGACCGAAAAUGAGAAACAGUUCUACAAUGUGGGUCCAAUCAUCAGAGGGGCAUUAAAACCACCAACAAUUGAUGAGCCUGUGGCGUCCUAUGCCUGCUCCACCAUUCUCUCCAACAAUUUAAACGAUGCUUUGAAUCCAGAAGAGAAAAGAACAGAAAUGGCGCUCAUCUUGGCCCAUAAAUCGGCGGCCUGGGCGGUUAGGUCAGCGAUGGCUGCUUCCUUCUUCACUAGAACAUCCUUGCUCUGGCUCAAACAGAUGCAGGCCAGAUUCCCAGUCACCGACCUCCAGACUCACAAGGACCUCAACAACCUGAUAGCAGCGGCAGAAUUCUCUGCAGAUGCCACCCUGAAUUCAGUCAGGUUUGCUUCCAGAGCCAUCGGCAACUCUCUGACAGCAAGACGGCUGCUGUGGCUCCGUCCCUGGCAGUCAAACAUAAAGUUCAAGUGGAAGUUGGCCUCUACUCACUUCAAAGGUGACAAGCUAUUCGGAGAGGCCUUAGAGCCUAUACUCAUAGAGACCAAAGACAAAAAGAAGGUCCUACCCUCUAUGUCCAAACAAGCUGGUCAGAAAUCCUUGCCCAACAUUCGGAAGCGGAAAGCGGACACUGGGCAGCCACAGAGGGCAUACUUCCAGCAACAUGGUGGCCAAUCCAGUAAGAGGAAGCAGGUCCAAUCCAAACAGCCAUUUCGAGGCAACGGAAGUCGGUCCUUCCUUCUCUCCUCCAGAAGUCUUCAGAGCCAAGCCUCCAGAGGACCAGCAGUGACUGGGGAUUGCAGUCUGAAAGGCUUCGAGGAAGUGGAGAGUGUUUUUCCACUUAUAAAGACUCAACAAGCAUCUUGUAUACAAGAGAUUCAAAAUGCAGUCCACACAGGAGAGCAUCCUGAUGUAAAUAGAUCUCACGGAAUCAUAUCUACACAUCCCUAUGUUGCCAACUCACCAACGAUUUCUAUGGAUAUGCAAAGUGAACCAGCAUUGCCAGUACAGAGCUCUCACGAAGAUUCUAGCGAUGCUCUUGUCUCAUCUCGAGACUAUCCCUAUUCCCGUCCAACACUAUCUGGCCGACAUGUGGAUCGAAUUGUCCUCUCUUCUCUGUGCCACAGAGGGCCUACUGAUCAUGAUCCAGGUCCUUCAGGGUCCUUCAGGGAAUCAGAGAUUCACAGUCAACAACUACAAGAACCACUUGUCUCCUACCGACAAGAUGCUCCACCUAGCAGCAUCAGUAGACGUGAUAACAUGCAUAGUCUCCCUGUCCCAGAACCGCCAGGACAGCAUCAGGGCUCUAGCAAACCGAAUCCGAUCGUGCCGAAUACUGCCUCUCGACCUCGUCUCACAAUUGUUAAGCAAGAUGGUGUCCUGCGUCUCCUUUGUUCCCGGGGCAAGUCUGCAUACCAGGACCUUACAAUGGUUCCUCCUGCCUACCCAGAAAUACGGCAGGAGCAAUUCAGCUACCAGAGACCGAGUCCCAACAGAGGUCCUGCAGUGGUGGAUGUCACCGACGACAACCAGGGGAUGCCCAUUCCAGGAACCGAACCAUCGUACUAUAGCUACGGACGCCAGUAUGCUCGGCUGGAGAGCCCAGAUAGAGACCCAGAUGGCAGAAGGCCUGUGGACACAAGAGGAAUGACUAACCAACAUCAACCAGCCACAGAUGCAAGCAGGCCAUAUAGCCCUCCAACGGAUCCAGACGACCAUCUCCGGCCACCACGUACUUAUCCUAGCCGAGAAUGUAACCGCCAAAGCCCAUAUGACCCGCCAAGGGAGCACCCACUUGAGGAUAUCGACUACCGGAGGCAGGAUCCCAUCAGAAGUCCUCCAGUGGUGGAUGUCACCAAGCACAACCAGAGGAUGGGCAUUCAAGAAACCGUACUGUCUCACCAUCGCUCCGGAGGCCAGUUUUCUCGGCCAGAGAGCCCAGAUAGAGACCCAGAUGCCAGAAGGCCGGUGGACAGAAGCAGAACGACGAACCAAUGCCAACCAGUAAGAGCUCAAAUCAGGCCACGGAGCUCUCAAAAGGAUCCAGACCACCAUCGCUGGACACCACGUACUGAUUCUAGCAGAAAACGAAAGAAAUAGGACCCGUAUGGACCACCAAGGGAGCACCCACUGCAGAUCCACUCGGGGAGAAGGCGUCAAAGAGCGGAGCCAUCCUAAAACCCGGGCGUAAGGUUUGCCUGUCUCAUGUGGCGAGGGUUCCGUGGAUAUUGGUGGAAAUCUGAAGGGAAGAGCCUUCUUCAUUUCUCCCUCCUCUUCAGGAUUUAUAUCCCCAUACGUCCAGGAGUGACGUCCAGUGAGUUCUUAGCUGAUGUGUCCGAGCUCUCUUUUUCUAGAUCAGUGUUUGGGCUUUCAAAUGACCCUAGUGUCGUAAGUCGAGGACUGCUGAAAAGAAAAAUAUUCCUCUCUGCCCUUCCACAUGCACAUUUCUCUGGCUUCAUCCCUUCUUCCUGUCUUUCCCCCACCCAAAAAAAAAACCCCACCCAGAAAUUUAUCUUUGAACUAAAAAUUCUUGAGUUCUCCUUUCUUGCUUCCAACAUUAAGCCGAUCAGGAUAGGCAAGAGGCUAAUCAGCACCCCACCAAAUCGGAGGUGUGGGGUGGGUGACCUGCGGAGAAAUGAUUCAGCUUGCUUUAUACAACACCACAAUUGUCUUGUUUGUAGGUUAGCUACACAAUAAAGUUCCUGUAGGUUU